AUGUUGCAGAAUGCAGAUGUACUUCCCAGCAGCUUCAGUGCUAGCAUCGCUCCCAAGAACUCUCCGUCAUGUUUAGCAGGCAUUAAGAUUUACAGACAAGCUCAAGAAGAAUACAGUCUGAUCAAAAAGGCACAUCGUACCUUGGCUCCCACUGGCUGUACACCAGAUUUCUGCCAGUCAGGCAGAAUGACACGCAUUCUGGAGCCUCGAGUGGGUAGAGACCGUCCCUUGGCCGAGAUUCAGCAGGAGGCUGCGGAUUUUUUGCGUGAAUGUCGCGACGAGAACAUCAUAGAGUCCGACGAUGUAUUGGAUCGUCGGAUCAAGACAGCUCUGAUCCAGAUCAUGGAAACAUCAGAGAAAAUGGUGGUCACAGAUCGAGACGGAAACCAAAUCGAGGGUAUCGCUGGAGGUAUUUGGACUCAGUCACGCCAAGAGCUUGAGUAUGGACUACGAGCAGCAUGGCGAAAUUCAAGAAGAUGUAUUAUGCGUUCCGAGCAUAUGCAUCUUGCCUUAUGUGACCUACGACACGUUACGUCCAGUAGAGAGAUGGCUAGUACUAUGCUCGAUGGUAUGGUCAGGGCUUUCAACAGAGGCCGUAUCUUACCAACUUGUUUUGUCUUUCCGCCACGUUUGCCCGGUCGACGCGGUCCAAUGAUUUGGAACACUCAAGUCUUGCAGUUUGCCGGGUAUCGUCAAACAAAUGGUUCGGUACUUGGUGAUCCUGCCAACAUUGAGCUCACCGAAGAGAUCAUUGCGCUUGGCUGGAAACCGCCACGUGACAAGACACGCUGGGAUUUUCUCCCGCUAGUGACCAUGGCUGAAGGCGAUCGACCUCAUAUCGCAGAGUUGCCUGUGGAACUGCGUCGCACUGUCUCUAUCACACACCCUCGUUUCAAGGAAGAGUUUGAAGUGAUGAACCUCAAAUGGGUUUUGGCCCCAGCCUUGAGUCGCCAAGGCUUUGAUAUAGGUGGCAAUCAGUACACCGGGUCUCCUUUCAUCGGUUGGUUUAUGGAUGCUGAAGUUGGCGUUCGUGACUUGGCUGACAGCUUUCGGUAUAAUGUGCUACCUGAAGUCGUUCAAACAUGUAAUCUCAGCGAUGAACCGCAAACACCGUUUGAAGAUCUGCCAGAAUACUUAUCCCUUGUGGCUCUAUCAAGAGCUCAGGCUGAGCUCAACUUCGCUGUCUACUAUUCCUUCCUACGAGCUCACGUUAUGAUGAUUGACACUGUGACAAGCUCGACGAAGUAUCAAAACUACGACCUAGAUCGUCGAGAUAUCGUCGGCUACCGACUCCCAGCAGAUCCGUAUUGGUUGGCGCCGCCCCAAGGCUCUAUCAUCUCUGUCUGGCAUCGAGGUGGUAUGCCGAAUUACCAACCCAAGCCGAUGGUGUGUCGACAUGUGCAAGACCCCAUGAAAGCCUGGAAAAGGGAACUGGAGCAGCAGAAGAGGAUGGAAGAAUCUGACCGUUCGAAGAGUCUCAUUGGGCACGUUAAUAGCCACGGAUCGAUUCCGACCAUCAGGAUCUUUUCGUGCAGCAGUGGCGUUAAUGCCAGCAAGAUGGCAAAGAAACUUUACAGCACCCUCGAGCGAUUGAUUGCCGAUACUCACGCUGAAUUUAUGCUCGAGAAGGAGAAACCACUCAAUUCUUUGUCGUUAAGUGACGUGUUGCAGGACGAUGUAAUCUUGAUCAUUGCCAGCACUACUGGAUCGGGGGAAAUACCGAGUAAUGCAGCGAGGUUUGUGGAAGAACACACCGCAGGUUCGAUGAUUGGCAAUGCUCCUCGGUUUUCGGUUUUCGCCAAUGGUGACAGCACUUAUGGAGAUACCUACAACGCAGCUGCAAAGAAGAUUCAGGAAGUUAUGACUUCUCUAGGCUGCCGGCCACUCCUUGGUCACUGCUUUGCAGGUGAUACUGCUCAUAAGAACCCUGACUGGGACUCUUUCAAUCGAUGGCUCGAUAACAUCGACCAUCUCUUCCUAGGAAACUUACAUAAGGUGGACCUUCCAACCAGUCUCGAGAAGAUCGGAGACAAGACAACGGCUUUGCGAGCGAUGCCAUUCGCAACAUUGGUUCGCAAGCACCGUCCACAUUCAGACGGAAUGAUUCAGGCAACGUUUGACAUUGGAGAUCUGGAUUACCACGAGAUGGAUCACCUGAAAUUACUAGCACCCAAUCCACGAAUUGAGGUGCGUCGUGCUCUGAAACUGCUGCACUUACAAGAAGAUACUGUUUUUAAUUGGCACUCCGAGAACGCUUUUAGCUUCUUAUGUCGCUUUGUCGAUCUCGCCCGUCCGUUCAAGACCCUUGACUGGUACCCCGGUAUCACGACGCUACCUCAGACCGCCAAAGAGCAAUUGAAAACACUCGCAGUUUGUGACCUUUUGAGUCAAGCUGAAAUUACCUGGACAGAUGACUUGGUAGAAACUGCUUGUAAAGAUAUGGGCAGCAUACAGCCGAGACUUUAUUCAGUGGCAUCGUGUCAACGACACUCAGGUCACAGGCUGGACGACAUCCUCGAAGAAUCUGCUGGAAAUCUGGUGGACGUGGUUGUUAAGAUCAACCAAACGGGCAAAUUCAGUAAUACGUGGCUUCUUCAAGCACCUGUCGGAGCGAAACUACGGUUUGGUCAAGCGAGUCCUGAUACUUGGAGACUUGUGCGUGCACAACGACCAAACGCGCCUUUUAUUGCCAUUGCGACAGGGUCUGGAAUCGGUCCUGUUCGAUCUGUUCUACAAAGCCGAAUGAGUGACCUGGACUGGACAAGCGGCCUCAGUAGCCUUUCUUCGGUUUUGGCUGUUGGAAAUGCACCAAAUAGUAAGCAAAGCUCUCGAAGAUCAUCAGUCGGAUCGGGUACAGGCGGACGUGGGCUACCGAAGUUUAUCAAUCAUCAUGCACACUUGGGUGUUUCUAACACCUCCGGGUCGGUCCAUCUUUUCGCUGGCUUCAAACCAGAAGAUGAGGUGUUGUUUGACCACAUACUCAAACCUGCGAUAAAGGCUGAGAUGUUUGGUACAUUGCAACUGGUUCGUAGCAAUGCCCAAAAAAUCCGAGUGCAAGAUUGUCUCUUCACCGAAAGAGAGAAGCUCGGAAAGAUUCUACAGGACCCCGACUGUAUCGUCUUUGUUUGCGCUAACAACAAUGCUGCUGAUGCUGCUGAGAAGAUACUGAGUGACGUCGUUGGGUCAAAUGUCAAAGAGAAACUGGGUGAAAGAUACAUUGAAGAAGUCUUCCGAAGUCACGUUGAGUAA